CUUAGACCCGUUCGGCGAAUUCACGGAUUUGCAGUGUCUGGAAGCACUGAGAGCAGCUCAGUUGAUCGACUCUUACCAUGUGCAUUUGAGCACUCCUGAGGAAACGGAGAUGGGUGUCGCCUGUAAACGCGUUUCUUCUCAACAGGGACCUCAGCAAAUGGUGGAACUGGAACUGGUUGUACCAACCAAACCAGGGUCUGCACCGGCUCGUGCUGGCCAUAUGAAGUCAACUUUUUCAAGUCGGAGUACUGCAGUGCCAUCAGUGAUGUCUUCUUCAGCGUGUGACGAUGGUAGGCUGUCUGCGGUUUCGUCUGCUUCUUCGAGUGUGUCUCCUGUCGAUCAUCAGCAGCUGAACGCUGACCUCCCACAGAACAAUCUUCUUCUCGAUGGCAUUGACGAAAAUCGACCUCGAUUCACAGCAUUCCUUGAGGGAACAGGUCGUAGGGAUCAAGAUGCUCCUGGAGCCCCGCUGCCUCCACUAGGAGAGCACCGUGAACCUGGAGUUGAUCAACUUCUGAUCAAUCAUGAUGACCCACUACUCCUUCAGCAGCAACAAAAUCUUCCCGCUGCUGCCAGAGCCUCAAUCGAUUCGACUUCAACCAGCACUGGGUCUCUAGCCUUGCGCUGUUCUACAGCUGCGCGUUGGUCCCCAGUGAGCGCCCUGACAUCGCCUACCUGGUUAGGGAAUCGGGAAUCUAUGGCUUCCGGCUUGGGGACAGGUCUGUCAAGUGGAGGAGAAUUAGCACUCGUUCCACACCCGGACAGUGCAGUGUCUACAUCUACUCUACAUCCACUUUCAUCUCAAACUCAACAGAGAGCGCAACAUCCAGCGCAACAUCCUCUUCAACAAACACAACAUUCUCAACACUUACAACUGCUCGCCCCGCCACCUGGUUCCUAUGGUGGCCCGGCUCGAGGUAGGGAAACGACCCUCAAAAGUCCUACGGAGUUUAUGCGAAUGCCCUUGUUGGAAGAGCAUCCCUCAGAAGCAUUGACAGCGUCCGGCACAGCCGAGGAACGCUCGUCAUCGUCGUCUUCUCCCACUAAAGAAAAUCAGGACGCUUUGAUGUCUACGAUAUUGAACGUAGGGGACGAUGCUGCUGCAGGAGAAACAGGAACAGUAAACGGUAGUGCCACGACUAGCAGCAGUACUAUUAAGGCUAGAAGAAAUCCAUCCUCACAGGCAUCUUGGUCCCGUUUCUCAAGGGAAAAAAGACGGAAGAUGCCGCUCAAAAUGGGAGACUUCUUCUAGCUCUAAUACUAGUCUUUCCUCCACAGGCCGCACAAGCUCCGCAGUCGUAGCCGAUACAACCAGCAUACUCCCUUCACCAGUGAAUCCUACGACUCGAUUUACGACAGUCACUGGCCCAGGAGAACUUUCCGCCUCCCUCUCUUCAACUGCUUCUUCACAUCAAUCUUCAUGCGUAGUAGAUGACGGAAGAGAUCAGAGUUUCCCCUCAUGCGUGCAGAGAAUCCUACGUCUGAAGCACGAUGUGGAUUUGCCAGCCGCUGUAGGGAGUUUAUCAGGUGAAGAACAUGAAGGUAAUAGUUCUCCAAUGGAUGAUGAAGAUGUAGGCGUACAACUACGUCAAAUGUCCCCUGUGCUUGAACAGGAUGAAGCUGAAGAACAACACAACCUGAAUGGUAGGUCAUCUUCAAAGACUUCUAGUAUACGAACAGCAUCGCCUCCGGGACUUAGUCCUCUGGGAAGUGGGGCAAACGACCAAGAACUGUCUGCUUCUCAAAAAACCAUGAGAUCCUCUGCCGGUCGUUCACCAUCACCACCAUCCAGUUCUGGCAAAUCCAGUGUGACAACAUUGCCGCCGCGACCUCAAAGGGCUGCUGGUUCUUCAAACCAUUCUAGUACACACGCAGGCGCAUCAUCUGCUAGCACAGUGAUGAACAGGCGUCGUUCCUCCUCUACAAUGAAGAAGAUACCUGCGCAAGGUGUUUUGGACAGGAAACUACUACCGGAAGGUGCGAAUUUGUCAGUUGGGGAAAGGCAGUUGCUGUGUUUAGCGAGAGUUUUGUUGCGGAAUCCAGAGUUGUUGAUUUGCGAUGAAGCGACAGCGUCAGUUGACUUGGAGACGGAUAAAAAAGUCCAAGCAGCUUUGAAAACAUGGUUGAGGACAAGGCAGGUACGAAGUGCCUUGGGAUUUUGAAUUUUUGCAAUUGAUAACUUUGUCUUCCUGCAUAUUAACCAUCAUCAUCAAAUAAAAAUAUUCCUAUCGUGAUCAAAAUCAUCAUCAUCAUCAUCAUCAUCAUCUUCAAGCUCCUCAUCAUCUUCAUCAUCAUCUUCAAACUCCAUUGUCAACAUCUCAACAUCAUCUCAAUCAUCUCAAACAUCUCAAAUACCUCAAAAUCAUCUGAAACAUCUCAAAAUCAUCUCAAAGAACUCUUCAAAAAUCGGAACAGAAUUGCUGCGUCUUAACCAUCGCCCAUCGGUUGGACACAAUUGCGGACUAUGAGAAAGUGAUGGUCUUAGAUAAGGGCAACGUCGUGGAAUUCGGCACUAUACCCGAAUUGAUGCGCAAGGAAGUGGGUCAUUUCCGCGCAAUGACACAAGCGGCGCCCGAGCCUGCUACGCGCAUGCUGUUUCAGCAGAGAGCUGGGGAACACGAAUGGUGAAGACAAGUUGAAUGGUGAAGAGCGGAGUCGGGGUGAAGAGCGGGGUCUGAAGACAUGAAUGGUCAUGAGCAGAGUCGGGGUCUGAAGACAUGAAUGGUCAUGAGCAGAGUCGGCGUCUGAAGACAGGAAUGGUCAUGAGCAGAGUCGGGGUCUCAGACUCACGACUCAUGUUGUGGCACUGAAGUAAGAGUAGGAACUGUUUCUAAGAUACGAUUUGUUGAGGGGUUCUGAACACGGUACUACCUCAUUCCAGUUGUACCAGAUGUUGGGCUGUUCGAGAUGCUAGAGAAGGUCCUCACUGUAUGGGUAUGCAGUGUCUGAAGAUUUUUGACUUUUUGAUUGAGGAGCUGCAGUGUAAAAAUAUCGACAACUUACUACUCCAAUAUGAUCAUGAAGUAGGAGGUAUUGAACAUUGAACAACAUUUCAAUUUCACCGUCUGUCGUUGUAAAUUACUAUACCUGCAAGAAGGGUCCAACAAAAAGAAAAACGCAAUGUAGUCGCCAGAAAUUAUCUCUAUUCACGCUGGCACCAUCCAUGACAUGAGUCGAAAACUUUUAUGAUCUUUGUGUCUCUGAUUUUGACGUGGUCUCCCAUUGAAACACGCUGUCCUUGCUUCUCCGCACACGCCUAAUCUUUGUGGUCUACCG